AGAGAAGACUUGAAGAACACCAUCGGAAGGGAUCGGAGCAACAGGGUCGAUAAAGAUGAUUGACACUGAAAGAGAAAUUCGUGUGGGAGUGACGACGUAGAGCUCAUGUGCCUUGGUCAGAUGGCGUGAGUGACAGCAAUACCCGUCGACCACGUGAACAUCCACUGGACGAUUGGCUGGCCUCUGUUGUUAUAACAUGUUGAGCUAAGAAACAAUCUGAAGCUCGGGACUGGCAACAUCAUGUAUGCCGAGGGCAUGAGAUAUGCAGGUCCACGCGAAGAGAACAUCCCCGACUUUGGAACGUCACAGAUCGUACAGGAGAUUGACAGUGCUGAGAAGAUUGCGCGCGAGGUCGACAGGCAACUUCGGUAUGGAUCCACUUUGAACGUGGUCCGAAGGACAGCAGCCGACGGGUCAGUCCGGUACGAAGCUGGAGCAGAAGUGCUGUCACAGGCAGCAGUUGGUGAUGACCUGCUGGGAUACACUGAGAUCGUGUCGGGGCGAAACUCAAUCCGCACGGGUUCGCGAAUCUACAACCGCACAAAUGAUGCCACGCCGCUCACGCACACGCACACGCGGCUGGUGAAUGUCGCUGUGGUUGAGCGACGAAAUCGAGACCCAGGAGAUGGAACUGAUUCGGCAACGUUUGAAGUGCAGGAAGCGACGGUCGUGCCCAAGAAGGCUGGAAUGAGCAUCUUAAUGUUUGACUUGUGCUGCUCUAAGGGACGGAGGACAAGGCCCAAAAAGCCUCGGGCUCGGAGUGGAAUGAGGGAAGACCCAUCGCCAGAGCAAGUCGGAGCAGCUUGGGAGGCUCCGUCAAGGGUCAAGGUCUGGGAUCCGACGAUAGACUACCACCUCUCGUCUGUGCAGCGAGCUCGUCAAUCGAGCAGUGACGUUCAAC